GAAAACCAGACUAAAGGGCAGAAACGUCAUUUGACAAAAAGAAGGAUGAUUCUCUCCUUCCUCUUUCCCCAAUGCAAAGAAAAAGCAUUAUAGACUUUUCAAGUUUUCCGAUAUAAGCACGAAAUCGCUGUUUCUCUCUUCGACGAAGCUUUGAUAAUUUGAUCUCAAUCGAUCGAUUCUAUUGAGAAUUUGUGUACCUGUUUUCUUAUAAGGUUAACUAAGGAUUGUGGAAUCAGAAGUGUUGUGUUUUUGUGAUCGGAGAUUAUGGAUUGGGGAAACGUAACGGUUGAUGAUCUCUUCGAUGCUCUCCGAGAAGUUGACUGGUCGUCUCCGCCGCGUCCUCCGUCUGAGUUCUUCUCAAGGUUCACCGUUCCUAAAUCUGUCCCUAAAUGGGAUAGUCGCCUCAAGUGCAAUCUCUACUACUACCGAACAAACUAUUUCAUCAUGAUCGUCGUUAUACUUGGAUUGGGAGUCCUUACAAGGCCUUUAGCGAUCUUCGCUGCGCUUUUGACAGCAUUAAGUUUGGCAUUUCUAAAUGACAGCUUUGCAGGUUCUUUUAGUGAGAAGGCGACACGAACCGUCAGAAGAUUCUCUCCACAGUUAGCUGCUAAAAUGAGACCUCCUUUGACACCUGUCACUCGUGGGCGUCCAUCAUCAAAGAGAGCAAUCCAUGUAUGUGGUCAACCCCGUUGGGUUUUUGUCUUGACAUGCUCACUUGUGAGUUUUGCUCUUUGGUAUAUUUCCUCUGGUUUGCUCAGAGUCUCGGUUGCGCUACUCAUUGCACAUCUUGCAACAAUUCUUCAUGCAAGCUUGAGAACACCGAACUUGAAGGCACGUUUUAACACAUUUAGGGAGGAAUUCCGAGCAGUAUGGCGUAACUACAGCGAGAUUUAGAGUAAUUCUUUGGCAGCUUGUACCACCAUGAUCGUGUUCUGCUGAGGACAUAACGCUGUAAAGACCAAACUUACUGCCUUUCUCCAAGAUAAACCCGGUUUCGUUAACACUGUACUAUGGAUGUUCAAUCUGGAUUUGUUGCUCAAUGACUGGGAUCAUCUGUUUUUUCUUUGAUUUGAGAUUUGAGCUCUGAGCUCUUUUUGCUAGCAAAAUCCUCUCUUUUUUUUGCUAAAGACUUGUAAAGCUAGCUUUGUUGUUCUUCGUUCUAACACAAAACCCUUUGUGUAAAGUCCUAGAAUCGUUUAAUAGCUUGCAUUUUUUUCUUUCUUUUUUUGGGUUGAGAGGUCUAGUAACAAUAAUAAUGAGAUAACAAGAAAUGGAAAAUAAACAAAUGAUUUGACUACUUAGCCGAGAGUUUUCGGAUAAGAAUAGGCAAUGGGA